CCUGCGGGGUUCGGCGGCAGUUGCGGCCCAGCGGGCAGCUUUGUCCGGGAGGGCGGCACGAUGAGGCGAGAGAAGAGUUUGGCGCUGUUGAUCACGUUGGCCGCUGCGCUGGCGGCCGCAGAGACGCUGCCCGACCUAUGCCAUUCGUCCAAGAUGGUGGGCCCUUGUCGGGCAUCCUUCCAUCGGUGGUGGUACAAUGCCACAAGCCAGACAUGCCAGGAAUUCAUUUUUGGGGGUUGCAAAGGCAAUGCCAACAACUUCUUCUCCGAACAGGACUGCUUCCAGACAUGUGCCAGAGGUGGAGGCGUAGAGGCAACAGUGGUACCUGGUAGGCUAGCCACUGAAGUGGCUACAUCAAGAGGCGGACGUCACCCAGAGGCCUAUGAAAACAGGCCUGGCUUCAGAGAAUUCUGUGCUGCGCCCCGGGUGGUGGGUCCCUGCCGCGCCUCCUUCCACCGCUGGUACUUCGACCUAGAGAGCCGGACGUGCAAGAUGUUCGUCUAUGGGGGCUGCCGUGGCAACAAGAACAACUAUCUCUUUGAGGAGCACUGCUGGAGCCAGUGUACAGGUGAUGGAGAGAUAACAGAAGAGCCAGGAGACACAGAUGCACAUCCUCGCAUCCUGUCCGAACCCUUCAGCUUUUCCACCAGAGCUGUGGUCCUUGCAGUCCUUCUGGCCAUCCUGGUGACCAUCCUGCUGGGCUCGAUGGUGGUUUUCUUUGUCAAGAUCUGCCGGAAGAACCCGGAGCUGUCGGUGGGAACGGUGUGGAGCACACUGGAUGACAAAGAGUACCUGAUGAGUAACGCCUACAGCCUCUGAGUGAGAGAGCUGCCUCAGUGAGAACCGUAGCAGCAUGUAAAUACUGCAGCUGGCGGCGGCUUUGCCUUGCCGGCCUUCUUAGGGAAACUCCCCUUUCCCUGGGAACGCCACCCUUUCCAGCGGGGGGGGGGGAAAUUGGCUCAGCUAUGCAUCCUCCUGCUCCACAGGGGUCCAGGAGGAGCUGCAGGCAAUACCCCCCACCUUCAGAGCUAGCAAUGACUCCUCCUUGCUUGACCCACAGCCCCCCCCCUUGCCUUCCUCUGGUGAAUGGUCUUUACAAAGCCCUGCCCCACUUGGGUCCUCUCAAUGCAAUGGGAAAGCAGCUGGGAAUCCCCAGCCAGAAUCACUGGUGAUUCCUUUGGCCGAGAGUCCAGCAGAGGCAAUUCUGGUGGGUGGGCCUGGGCCCUGCACAUGUUGAUUCUGGCAGGGCUGCUGAAGCCAUUUUUCUUCAGGAGGAGGAAAACACUUUUGGGGUGUUCACAUCCCUGUGCUUCUGCAGAAUGCCUCCAGUUCACCUAAGAUCCAGAGGUACUGGCCUCCCUCAAGCUGCGCUGGGCUGUCUACCACAUCACCACAGCCAUGCAUUUCCCAGGGAGGAGAUGGAAGAGCAGGCUGCGUAAAACAGUGCCUGCUGGUGCUUCUGCAGCAGCUUCCACAAGGGCCCUGCCAAAUCCCAUUUCCCUGGGGACACCAGCGAGGAGUGCCAAGUGUCCCAAAUAUGGCUAAGCCGGUGUAGUGGCCAAAAGCCCCCAAUCUGGGGGCCAGGAAGGGAGAAAGGCAAGGUAUAAGACCCUGUCCAACAGCCAGUAUGUCCCACCCCCUUUGUCUGGGCAGGGGGCUUUGGGCAUGCCUUAAGCUCAGCUCUUCCCCAAGACCUUCCCUGCAGUGCCUCUCCCCCUUGCAUUGUGGAGGCUGCCCAGUUUUGCUCUCCAGUGUGCCAGACUCCUUUCUUGAGAUUAUCAAGUGCCACCAGCUGCAGCUGUUGUGGCUCAGCAGUGGCCAGUAUGGACGGUUUUGCCCAAACCUUCCCAGAUGAGGCCACCUUUGGCUCAUAGGCCCACCCAAAACCUUAAUUCUUCUGGCUUUGCAAGGAAACAGAGGAGCUGGAGGGGGGGGGACCUUCCCUGGCACUGAGGCAACCAAAGGCCUUGGAUUGCACCAUUGGCUGCGGCUGCCGGCAGUUCCACUGCAUGCGUCACUUCUUGCCGGGAAAGGCUGUGUUUCUAGUCUGAGGGACUUUCAAGAGUGCCCCAGCGAGAGCAGCUGCAGAGGCAUCUCACUGAGCAAGCUUCUACAUAACUAGCUUUAAAUGAGUUUUUAUACUUUUUAAAAAAACAAAUCAAAACUUGAUUGUACUAAAUCUUGUGGGACUCUUAUAAUUGUGUUUUUAGUAAUGAAUGGACUCUGAAUAAAAGUAACUAAACUUG